AUGUCUAUCCUCGAGUUCAUGGGCCAGGGUUAUACUCCCGCCGGCAUGGACCCAACAGAAUUCUUCGUCAAUGGCGAUGAACCAUAUGUCCUCGCCUCAGACUACACCAUCAUUCCCCAGCCGCCACAGCACCUCGUCGUUCCCCAACUCGCCGGCACCAUAGAAGGCGCCGCCGAUCUGCUGACCCUCCCCUCUUCCGGGACCGUCCUGCCCGAAGAGCUCUCCUCCCAUCCCACGCCCGCCGCCUACAAGCCGCACGGCUCGCCCGCCAGCAGCACCAGCGGCUCCUCGCGCAAGCGCGGCCGGCUGCCCUCGCCGCCCGAGCAGGACCCCGGCGAGGAGGACCCCGAGACGGCCAUCAAGCGCCAACGCAACACCAUGGCCGCGAGAAAGUACCGCCAAAAGCGCCUGGAUCGCAUCUCGGACCUGGAGCGCUCGCUGGGCGACAUGACGGACCAGAGGGAUGCGCUCAAACUACAGCUCGCGCGCAAAGAAGCAGAAGUGGACGCGCUGAGAGAAAUGCUCGUGCGCAAGUAA